AUGGAUCAGGCAAAGUUGGCUAGAAUGCAGGCGAGCGUUCGCAUCGGGUAUGUAUAUUCUGUCCAGGUUCAUUUUCAUCCCGGCCUCUCGAUUCCCGGUGGAAACGAAUUUUCGAAAUGCAAUACCCGGAUUCGACAGCCGAUAGUCAGACUACGGAUUCUCGACUCUCGAUUCUCGAAUCUAUGCGACGGCGCUAUAUCCCAAAUCUUGAACCGAAUAUAUAUAUAUCGCAUAGCUCAGAGAAUCCAUGGCAAGGGUACUCCCCGCCGCAAGGUCAAGAAGGUCGUCCGCAACUCCGGCGCCGAUGACAAGAAGCUCCAGGCCGCUCUCAAGAAGCUGAACGUCCAGCCUAUCCAGGGCAUCGAGGAGGUCAACAUGUUCAAGGAGGACGGCAACGUCAUCCACUUCGCCAACCCUCGUGUCCACGGCGCCGUCCCCUCCAACACCUUCGCCCUGUACGGCAACGGCGAGGAGAAGGAGCUCACCGAGCUCGUCCCCAACAUCCUGAACCAGCUCGGCCCCGACUCCCUCGCUUCCCUGCGUAAGCUCGCCGAGAGCUACCAGAACAUGCAGAAGCAGCAGGGCGAUAAGAAGGACGACGAGGAGGAUGAUAUCCCCGACCUCGUCGAGGGCGAGAACUUCGAGACUAAGGAAUAA